AAUCUAGUAACACUUGAAAUGCAGAUCAUAAAAGGUGUCUUCUUGUUGUGCUGUCUCCUGAUGGUGGGAGACAUCCAUGUCAAUGCAGCUGGACUCGAUAUCUUCAAGGCAUUCGACUGCGCUGACAUUGCCCUCGAGGGUGUCGGCUACAUUGCCGUGAGAUCCGUAGCUCUGAUCAGGGAGCUGGCCAAAUGCGUUAACUUCCUGCCCGAUGAAAACUCCGAUCUGGACCCCAACGGUUUCCUACAGAUUGUCGACGAUUUCCUCAAAGAAGUCACAGGCAACCCCAAGUGCAUGCUGGCUUCGCUGAGCACAGUUAAGAACUAUGCCGAGCCCUUUGUGAAAAAAUUCUCUAAUAGGAAAUGCUUGCCCAGUGUCUAGACCCAAUAAGAAUUUGCAUUAAAGUUGUACAAUGAUUCAAUAAAGCACUUCUAAAUAUUCUCAUUA